CUCGUUCUCAUAACAAUACUCUAAUGAACAAUGUCCGGAAAGGUCAGGACUCUCUCCGCCCUCCGGUCUAGUGCAUGGCAGUCUUAGACCCGAUUCACCCAGUUCUAGCCAACCACCGUUUUGACCGGCGCGGAGCAAUUAUCUGUCCACCGCACGGAGACUAUCGACGAUAGAUAUCAAUAUCAUACAACUUUACGAGACAAUCAUCCGCAUUGCGUCAGAGCUCAGCAGCCUGUGCGCGUUUCGAGCUUAUUAAUUUACAUAGAUAAAAAUAAAUAAAUAACAAAUACAAGAUGGGCGGAAACGCCACGGUGCUCUAUCGAACUGUGUAUACACCAUCACCUUCACUCCCGAAGACCGACGAUAUAAGCUACGAGUAUAGAGUCAGGGUAGUAGUAAAAAAUAAAUAUUCAUACUUUGGUUAUACAAGACAGCAUCAGCACCGUUCCAUCAAAGAGAAAGAAAGAAAAUGUCUUCUUCAAAAGCAGAGGGCUCCAUCGUCGUCACGGGCGCCAACGGCGGUCUCGGCUCCGCCAUCGUCCAGCACAUCCUCGACUCGCCCUCGCUCGCGAAGAGCUACCACGGCUUAUACACGGUCCGCAACACGGAGCGCGCGACGGCCGUGCAGAGCGUGCUGAAGAAGGCCGGCGCCGUCGGCCACGCCUACGACCUCGUCCCGCUAGACCUCUCGAGCCUGGCCAGCGCGCGCAGGGCCGCGGAGGAUAUCAAUAGGCGCGUAGACGGCGGGGAGAUACCCAGGAUCAGAGCGUUGGUUCUUAAUGCCGCGUGGCAAGAAUAUACCACGCAUACGAUGACCGGGGACGGAUUCGAUAUGACGUUUCAGGCGAAUCAUCUUUCGCAUUUCUUGUUCACGCUGCUCUUGUUGAAGAGUUUGGAUAAAGAGUCUGGGAGAGUGGUGGUUUUGGGGAGCUGGUCGCAUGAUACGUCUGAUAAGAGGAAUACCGUGUCCAGCAUCAUCCGCGCCUACGAAGACGAGGAGUGGAAUCUCAUCUUCAAGGAACCUGUCUCCGUGGAACCGCUCGCCCGAGGGAAAUGGAGCACGCCUGAUGAUGAGCCUGGGAGUGGGAAUACGGGGUAUCGCCGGUAUGGUGCGUCGAAGCUUUGCGAGAUCAUGUUCAUGCGCGAGCUAGCAAAGCGCUUAAAAACCGACCCUGCCCUAUCCGCCAUCGGCACCCUCGCCGUCGACCCAGGCGCCAUGCCCACGGGCCUGACACGCCGGACCCCGAGCAAAUUACUCAGGGCGGCGAGUGUCGUCGCGGGCCCGUUGAUGUCGAUCAUGUCGCGAUUCUCGCCGCCUAACGGACAUUAUCGCACUACGGCGCAGUCUGCGAGCGAUGUUAUCAAUGCGGCAUUCGAUACGGAGAAAUUGGGACGGAGACCUGAUGGGAUCUAUCUGAAUGGCUCUGUGGUCGCGGAUUGUGGGCCCGAGGCCAAGGAUGAGAAGAAGUGUGAGAUUGUCUGGAGGGAGUCCAUUGGGUUUGCGGGGAUUAAGGAGGGGGAUACGGUGUUGACGAAUUGGCAGUGAUGUGCCCGUCUAGUUCAAGUGUAAUCUGUCUUGGUAUUCAUUGUCUCCUGGGUCUCGGUAUAGUGCGUAAGUGAUUUCAGUCCCAUUUCAUUGGAGAAGGAGAUAGAGAAGCAGAAGUAUUACAGAUUCUCUUUAUUAAGUUCUAUAAGUUGCUCAUCUCUAGCAGAAUUGAUUGGCUCUCUAUAAGAACGGACCUGAGUGGUGUACUAGACUUUUGGGAUAUGAUAUAUUUGUAGACGCUAGAAGAUAUAGGUUUUCCCCCGGUUCUAUGAACAUCACACUUAGAUGUAGAUGUUGUAUGUUAAAGCCUUUCAGACAACCUUAUGAAAUGACCUAUAACUGUUUCGAUCAAAUCAAGUUA